AUGAUCAAGGAAGGCAAUUCUGGAUUAAUCGAUGAUUUAGGCGAAGAUUAUGAUAUGCUACUAAAAGUCAUGAUUGUUGGUGAUGCUGGUGUUGGUAAAACGGCUUUGCUGCAUCGCUUUAAGAGUAACGCCUACAAUGAAAAAUAUUCCAGUACAGUUGGUGUUGAUUUUUUCUUUAAGACAAUCCAUUCCGGUGGUAAGAAGAUUAAGUUACAAAUUUGGGAUACAGCUGGCCAAGAAAGAUUCCGUACUAUAACACAAAGUUACUUUAGAAGUGCCAAUGGAAUAAUAAUCGCCUUCGACAUUACACGUAAAGAAUCUUUUUUGAAUGUGCCCUUAUGGCUAGAAGAUAUUAAAAAAUAUGCCGGUAAAAAUGUAGUCUUGUUAUUAGUAGGAACUAAAACUGACUUAGACGAUUUACGGUCUGUUGAACUGAGUGAUGUUAGAGCAUUUGCAGCACAUCAUAACAUUUUUGAUGUAAUUGAAACUUCAGCUAAGACGGACUGCAAUGUGGAAGAUGCAUUUUAUAAAAUGGCUUUCGAACUGAAAAGAAUUCAUGGUGAUAAUAACCCGACAAUUAAUCGAUCUCAAAGUAAUAUUUUACUGCCAUCUGAAGAAAAGUCUAAAUCAAGUUGCUGUGGCAUUUAG